AUAAAAACUCUAAACCUGUUACUGUGACUAACAAUCGCGUGGACUCUAAAUCAAAAACUGUGCCAAUAAGUGUAACUAAUAAACGACAACCGCGUAAAAGUGCUCAACUUGCUAAAAUAAAGAUGGAUAAGUGGCUUAAGAAGUAAUUUCAAAGCACUUGUGUGUUAAAUCAGUGGACUUAAAGACAUUUUCUGAACUUUAAAUUUUUGUUGAGAUUAGUGGUAAACAACUAUUUUCUUGGAAAUCAUAAGUCAAGUCAAUAUUGUCAAAGUAACUUCUGCAAACUCCUUGUUGUUGGACUGUCGCGAAUGCGAGAGAAUUGUGUUUAACUUUGUCUGUUGCCGAUAGAUGGCGACAUAAUAAACAAAAAUGGCGUAUAGCUAAAAACAAAGUUUUAUUCUUAUGUUUGCGAUAAAUUGCCACAUAAAUUGGUGCCGAAACCCGGGAGCCUGACCAAACAGGCCUAAAAGCAGUCAAGAUGUCUAUGAAGAUCCUCAAGACGUCGCUGACGAAGGCGAAAAACAACGUAACGGUAAAAAUUAACGACAGUGAAGAACUUUUAAAAACCACGACCGAUGGCGAUGUUGUGUCAAACUCAAAACUUGAACUGCAACGUGACUUGCUGAACACGUCGCUAAAACACCUUGAAAAGGCCAUGGAAAAACUUACCAUAGCUAUCGAAACUGACCCAGAUGAAAGCCAAAAAUGUGAAACUACCCUCGAUGAAGCUACUGAUCUGACUUUCAAGACAGGCGACCUAAUCUGUCAACUUGAAUCUGAGAUAAAGAAAGGGUCUGCUGUCCCUCCAGCACCACCCAAACCUUCUGCUGAUCCUGAACAGCCGACUCCUCAUAAGCCAAAAAGUGCUGUUUCACUUCCUACCUAUUACCUACCACAUUUUGAUGGAAAUGUGAUGACCUGGUUCUCUUUCUGGGAUUCCUAUGAAGCAGCAGUACACAAGAGAGAAGACUUAGCUCCAGUCGAGAAAUUUAACUACCUGAGAAGUGUCCUGAAAGGUGAUGCCUACCGCGCUAUAUCGGGUAUGGAACUUUCUAAUGCUAAUUAUAAAAACGCUCUGAGAAUUCCCGCUCCCCUCGGCCCCAGCAAUGUCCCAGAGGCCGUUAGAAUUAUGCCUAUACUCAUACGCUCUGUCCGCGAGCUACUGAUCACCACCGGCAUCAGCGCUGCGAUAAUAAAUAAAGUGAACCGGCGUCUCGCGUGGUCUCGCGAGAGCGGCGCUCUUUAA